UGGCUUCCCCAGGGCCGUGGGCAGGAGCGGCUGCUCCCCCUGUUCCUUUUUUCCUGGCUGCAGUAGAACUUCAUCCCCGACUCCAGAGCACUCCAGAGGCUUUCCUGGAGCCCAGCUGUGCUCCUGGCUGAGGAGCCACCUCCCCUGAGCCCCCCUGUCCCCGCAGGUUGCUCACAAACCCGACUGCCAGGUGCUGGCUGGCCCCAAGGGCUGCCUGCCGCUGGCAAGUUGGGCUCCAUGACAUCCCAGUUUGGAUGGAUACUGAGGUGACUGGAAGUUGCAAGGCAAGAUGAAGACAAAGGGAUGCACAUCUUUUGAUCCAACCCAGCCAUAACCUCAGGACUGCCUUUACAACACUCAGGACUGGCUCCCGUUUCCCAGGACUGGUUCUGGGCUGAGGUCUCCACAGGACAUUGAAACCUGCUCAGUUCAGACCUAAGUGCCCAUCACUGUGCUCAACUGUGCUUCAGCCCAAGGCAAGGCAUUACUAGAAAAUUAACACCGAAAAACCACAGCAUUAUAGGCAAUUCAUGAUACUGGAAUUCAGUUUUAGGAAGAUUUUGUUGCAUCACAGUGUUGCAUCACUCCUAUUAAACAUUAGUCACAGACAAAAAUCCAGUGCAAUUAUUCACAUAAAGCUGUAAAUACAGCAUGGCACUGUUACCAUAUUGGUUCCUUUUAUAUUGACAUAUAGGGCUCAUGCUUAUCUCUGUGCCCAGCAUGCAAAGGGAUUACAUUUAGAAAGUGCUCAGCUAUUUUCUCCCACUAAAGAUAAAACACAUGUAAAUUUUGUUUACUGGUUUGUGAAUAGUGAUAAAGGGAUGUUUUCAACUGGAAAUGCUGAAACUGAAAAACAUUGCAAACUUUUAAGGAGGAGUCACAAGUGCUUCCAGCAGCAGUCAGGCACUGGGCUUUGACUGGGAGACAGGGAAUGAGAUCACUGGCCACCAGAACUUCCCUCUCUAUCAAUCUACCUCCAUCACAGCUUGGAAAAUGUUGUGGGAAAACAGGAGUCCAACUAAAAUGAUUUUCUUAAUACCAGGUGUACCGAGAAAAGGAUUAAUCUGGAUUUGAAAUGAGUUCAUGCUCUCUAUCAAAACAGUGACACAAGCUGGCAGAAUGAAGAAAGUACUUCCUUGAAAGAAGACGAUCUUUCCUAUCCUGAGAUGCUACCAGUAGAUAAAAAGCUUCUAAACUUACAGAUCUACAAACUUCUUCAGUGUGUUCAUGAGAAAGACAAGAAGCAAAUAGAAAAUCUGAUCCAGAAAGGAUUCCCAGAUCUCAUUAAUUACACAGAGCCUAAGGAAGGAUACAGCGCCUUACACUUGGCCUCCAUGAAAAAUGACAUUGAAAUGUGCCGCUUCCUGCUGGAACAUGGAGCUCGUCCAAAUGUCCACGACAACAUGGGAUGCACUCCAGCCAUGAAAGCAGCUGAGCUAGGCCAUGAGGUGAUUUUGGAAUUAUUAGCAAAAGCUAAUGCAGACAUGACUGCUGUGGAUAAUGAGGGGCAAGGUAUUUUGUUUUACUGCCUUUUACCUACAACACGCCACUCCCACUGCCUGCAAAUUGCCUUGGAAUAUGGUGCAGAUGUCAACAACUGUACUACUACUGGGAGGUCUGUGCUUCUACAAGCCUGUGAGCAAGCUCAUGAGGUUAAAAAAAUAUGCCUGAUUUUCUUGGAGAAAGGAGCAGAUCCACAUACAAAAGACCCGGCCACGGGGCGCACAGCCGUGAUGGAGGCUGCAAGGGAAGGUGCUGCCGAGGUGGUGCUGGAUCUGCUGCGGAGGGGAGCCGAUGUGAACCUCUUUGACUUUGAAAGACACAGCGCUGCACAUUUCGCAGCCAAAGGAGGCUUUUUGGAGAUUCUGACGAUUAUUUCAGGUUAUAAUGCAGACUUGAAACUGGUUGCUAUGAAUGGUAACACACCACUUCAUUACGCUGCGGAGGGAGGAUUUGCAGAUUGCUGCAGGUAUAUAGGACAAAGAGGCUGUGAUCCUACAUGGACAAAUUUGGCAAAUCUGAGCCCAAGGGAUACUGCCAAGAGCGCUGGGUUUAAAGCAGCAGCAAAAGUAUUGCGCAAAGCUGAAAAAGGCUUUAAAAAAACAGAUAAGACCCUUGCCUGGUACCUGAAGGUGUACGACUGGUCCCAGCAGCACAAGGAUGCCAUCUGCAAGGAGCUUGAGACUGAUGAAGAAGAAGAUGGGAUGGUAUCCAGAAAUGAUUUUAUAUCACUUAUUCGGAAGCACUGCGGCACUGUCCAUGUGGAUGAGGAACAAAUAGAAGUUCUUGCUAAAAAGCAUGAAGUGUCUACUGACAGGAUCAGCCUUGAUGAUUUUUUUAAAGGCUCCAAAUACUUGCAGAAAGCCUUUCUGCUAUCAUCCUUUGGGCCCAAAUCAAAGAAGAAGAAGAGACCCUCAAAAAAAAAAGGCAAAAAAGGCAAAAAAGGCAAAAAAGGCCUCCCUGUGCCGAUUUGUGUAAUACCAAAGAGUGAAUGUCCACUUAGGGAAGAUGGCCUCCCUACCUACAUGGUUGAGGCUGUCCCACACAUUCCCGAAAAGCAGCGUUUCAAACGGGAACACCAAUCCACCCAUCCACUGUUCGAUGACCGUGCCUGGUACGUAGAUGAGCCAAGGAAAUCCCUCAUAGAUAUCAACUACCUUGUCAGAGAAGGAGACUUUGUGUCUCUGCAGAAAGCAUUCGACGAGGAUGUGCCAGUAGACAUAAAAGAUAAAUAUUACAAAACACCUUUGAUGGUUGCAUGUGCAAGUGGCAACAUAGUUCUCGUGGAGUUUCUUCUGGAAAAGGGGGCUGAUGUAAAUGCAACAGACAACUUCCUGUGGACUCCUCUGCAUCAUGCUUGCUAUAAUGGACACCUGGAUAUCGCUGAGGUGCUCGUGAAGGCUGGAGCAUCUGUGAAUGCCCCUGCAAUAGGCGGUGCCACCCCGCUGAUGAGAGCCAUUGAGGCCUGCAGGCUGGACAUGGUCUAUUUUUUAAUCACUGCAGGUGCUGAUGUCCAAGCUACAAACAGCAAUGGAAAGACUGUCCUUGAUCUUGCUCAAUUAUUUGAAGAUGCCACAAUAAUUGAACUGCUCAAAAAUCAACUACAGAUUUUGGCAGAACAAGAACAAGAAAAAGAAGAGCAAGCAAAAGGUGGAAAGCCAAAACCAGCAGAGCCACCGAAACCUGUGAUAAAAGAGUCUCCUGAGGAAUCUCAGCCACCCGAGGAAGAGCCUGUUCCUGAAAAGAAAAAGCGUUCCCGUAAGGGCAGUGCUGCUUAUUGGAAAUCUUUGGCACCGAGAGAAAACAAGAAUGACAUCUCCUUCAGACCCAGAAAAAUAUGGAGCCCUGAUGCCACAGCAAUACAGCUUGCAGAGAAGCGAGAAUUACUUCGGGAACGCGCUACUCUUGUUGGUCACAUGGAAGAUUUUACAACCCUCUUCAAUAGAAAAUUUGAGUAAGAACAGCAUCUGGAAGAAGCUAUUUCAACACAUAUUUUGAGGAGACAAAGAUGUAAAGGGCUACUCCUUUUCAAGGAAGGAAUCGUGCAGUGCUCAGUAAACGUAUCUCAGUUACCAUAAAAGAAAGUCCUAUCAAGUUUUUUCCUCUCUAGAUUAUGUUGCUUACACACAAUCUUUUGUUGAGGGCUUAGUCUGGAAAAAGAUUUAUCCUCAUGUGAUUCUAAGUCUUGAAACUGACUCAGUAUACUUCAUGGAUAGUCAGUGUUUUGACACACAUACGUCCUUUGUAAAGGUGUAGCUUUAUAAGGCUUUCUUUACCCCAACACAAAGCUUCUUCCUGGAAGAUACAUUACCCUUCUACUCUAAAUAUAUAGCUAUGAAGAUGGCAUUCUGUAAUUAGCUACGACAGCAAUGUUCUGAUUUGUCUGUAGAGGCAACAAAGAGCUCAGAAUUUAAAACCAGAACUAUCA